AUGUCAACGAAAACACAUACACGAAGUCAUUCUACUAAAUUUUACAAGCGCAUAUUCAAUAAGCAUCCUUUUGAUUCAUCUCGUCAACCAAUUGAUUCCAAUAUCGAUCUGAAUCAAGCGAAGGUUACUCAGCAUACCCAGAUCGAUGAACAGGCAUCUUCUUAUCAAAACCAUCCUCAUCAACAUCGUCUAUCAAUAAAAAGUUUGACAACAUCAUUCGACCGAUUUCCUUCAUGGCACAAUAUUUUAAGUAGAAAGACGAGUUCAGCUUCGACCUUUUGUGGAGAAACUAUUAAUGACUUAGCUUUAUGUAUCGAAGGAUGUCAGAUAAGAACUAUUCACCAACAGCACCAACGCCGCGUGUUUUCUCUAACUCAAUCUCGUCUCAAUUCUUUAUCGAAACGAUCGCCAAUAAAUUUAACCAUAACUUACCCAUCGAGAGAGAAUUCGGAUGAAUUCCAACCAUCGACUUCACCAUUACCAAACAAUAGUCAAUCUCAUUCGACAAACUAUCUAUCAAUCACACGAUUAGUACCAACAUCACUAGCUGGCUCUUACGAUCAUCUUCUAACGAACCAGGUCAAUGUACCUCUCUCGACUUCAUUUCAUGUCACAAGUCAGCAAUCGUCAACUUCUAAAGAACUUUCUCCGGACCUUACAAUAACAAAAACCACAUCAGCAAAUUUCUAUUAUGUACCGGCUUCCGAUUCAUUAGUUUUCAAUAACUUAGUCGGCACAAGUCUAACUGCACUCGUACCACUUCACUCGACAAAUCAUGAAUCGAAGAAUACAAUUAUUUAA